AUGAAUGCCAACAGCACUAUUGUGGGUGCCUCACGGCCACCAGUCCCACCGCAGCAUAUACCACCUCAUCACUUCCCCCACAGCCAAAUGGAGGCUUCCCACACUGGCGCCGCAAACACGGGCCAACCGCUGAGAGCCAGAGAUCAUCAUCAAGCCUCAGUGUUCCCGAUGAAUACAAACCAUGAACUUGACACCAUGGCUAGCCAAUUGAAUAAUCUCACUCUGGACCCAGCUACAUUGGGCACGAUGCGAGAAGCACUCAACCGUGCCCCGCUUUCCAAAACCAAUGAGAUUUUCCCCGCCGUCCGAACAAGUUACGAAGGAUGGAUUCUAUGCCGAGCGCGUCCAGACACCUCAGAGGUGAUAUCGACCUGGGAUGAAGUUACUCGAGAAAGGAUGCAUCUCCCUCAAAAUGAAUUGGCCACGAUGGUUUUGAAACGUAAAGGCAAAAGCGUGGCUGAUAAGACCGGAAAAAGUGCGAUGGGGAUAAUCGAUUUGAAUGGAGUUGUGCUCACAUUCAAGCCGAGAUAA